UGGAAUUGUGAUUGUUAAGUUUGAAACUGUAAUUAGGGUAUCGAAACAUACAAUUUCAGAAGAAAGAAAUUAUUAUUUAGUAUUUUUUUUUAAAGCUAUGGUUUGCACUCUUACAUGAAGAGCUGUAAUAGAAGAUUGGAAGCUCCAUUUUGAAAUAUUUCCAUGUGUGAUCAGUGAAACUGAAGAGAAGAUUUUGACUUUUCUCUUAAGUAAUAAUGUCAAUUCAUUACAAGUUCAAGAGCAGUUUGGAUUAUGACACCGUUACUUUUGAUGGGCUUCAUCUCUCCAUUGCGGACUUGAAAAAGGCAAUCAUGCAUCAGAAAAAAAUAGGGAAGAAUGCAGAUUUUGAUUUACAGAUUACAAAUGCACAGACAAAAGAAGUUUAUGAAGAUGACGAGGACCUGAUUCCAAAAAACACCUCUGUUAUAGUGGCACGAGUCCCAGUCACAACAGUGGGUAAAAAACAGGAAAGAAGUGAUGUUGAUAUACCCCUCCAGGAUAAUGAUCCAGCAAGCCAUGUGCCAUAUGACAAGCUCUCCAAGACAGCUGAUCUAGUAAACGCAAAUGCAAGUGAAGAUGAGAAGAUUAAGGCCAUGAUGUCACAGUCAGCUCAUGAAUAUGACCCAUCUAAGUAUGUGAAAAGUCGCAGCAUGACAGGACCUUUACCCCCAAAUUACACGUGCUACCGAUGUGGGAAACCUGGUCACUGGAUAAAGAAUUGUCCCACUAAUAAUAUGGAUGUUAAGAGGAGCACUGGAAUUCCCCGCAGUUUUAUGGUUCCAGUAGAUGGUCCAGAACACAAGGGAGCACUGCUGACAAGCACUGGAGAAUAUGCUGUUCCACUCAUUGAUCAUCAGGCAUACAAAGAAGUAAAAAAGGAGAAGCCUCCAUUUCUGAAGGAACCAGAGCCAGAACCAGAUCCAGAACCUCAGAUCCCUGAGGAGCUUCAGUGUAUGAUUUGUCGAGACUUACUUCAAGAUGCUGUCCUCAUCCAUUGCUGUGGAAAUAGCUUCUGUGAUGAAUGUGUUCGUCAGGCACUUCUAGACUCUGAAACUCAUGAGUGUCCAAUGUGCCAUGAAACUAAUAUUUCUCCCGACACCCUUAUUCCAAAUCGCUUUUUACGUACAGCUGUCCUGAAUUUCAAAAAUGAAACUGGCUACACCAGGGUAAAAAAACUAGUUCAAAAGUUAGCUGAAGCUUCCAAGUGUACUCCUACAGGUUCACCAGCUCGUGACCAGCAUCUCGGGAAAAAUUCUGCAGUCAGUUCACCUGUCCGAGAUCAGUCAAUUGGAAAAAAUUCACCAUCUCAUGACCAACUUUUGGGGAAAGCCCUGAUUGGCUCACCUGCUCGUGACCAUUUAGGGAAAAACAUAUGCAUGGAUUUACCACCUUGUGAUGAAACUGUAAUGAAAACAGUGAUAAACUCACCAUCUCAUGAACAACCUGUGGAGAAAACACAUACAAAUUCACCAGCUCGUGACCAACUCUCAGGGAAAAAAGUGAUUAGUUCACCAAUUCAUGAACAGUAUAUUGGAAAAAACACUCAUGUUGAUGUAAAAUCUCAUGAUUCAGAAAUAAAGGCAGUGAAUACUUCAGCUUCUCUUGACCAAUCUCUAAAGAAAAACACAUCUGUAGAUUCUUCAGUUUCAAACCAAUUUGUUGGCACUGCUGGUUCUUCAGCCUCCCCAUUGCAUGAACAGGACCAAGAGGAUCAUGCAGCUUCCACUUCUAUAAGCCAUACAAUAGGACAACUACCAUCAAAAACCUGUGAUUCUUCAAUUAGUCAUGAGCAGCCAAUAGAAAAACGAUUAGAAAUAACAUCUGUGAUAAAGGAAGGCCAAACAAAAGAACUUGUUCAGGUGAAACAAGAAACUUCAGGAGUGAACCAAGAUUCUCCUCAAAUAUCAAAGGACCCUUUCUAUGUAAAAGAAGUUCCUCAACUGAAGCCAGAGCUCAUCCAUUUGAAACAAAACACAGUUCAAGUGAGACAAGAAGCUUCUCUUGUUAGACAGGGAUCAGCUGUAGUAAGACAGGAACCCCUGUAUGGUAGAAAAGGACCUGAAGUAAAACAGGAACCAUUUCCACAUCACCCAAUUCAGGAUCCACCUACUGCAAAAUUACAACAACUUGAAGACGAUCGACCAGGGACACCUCUAGCUGAUGAACCCCCUUUAGAACCUGAACCCCCAGGUCAAGAGGUGCUACAAGCUAUUAACCAUGAUGAAGAUAAAGGGGCCGGAAACACUAUAGUUACUAUCACUACACGUGGCCCACGCUAUAUGCUGAGUGGUAUUACUAGAGAUGGAUUUAGAACUUCUCCUCCUCCACAGGCAAGACCAAUUCCACCCAGUCAUGGUCCUUCCCUAGAUCGUCGACCUCCAUUAAUACAUAGAGGGCCACUUCCACAACAUGUUGUAAGUUCUGCUCCUUCAGGAUAUGGACGAACACACCCACCAUAUGUUUCAAUUACCAGUGGACCACCAUUAAAUUACCAAGUGUCUGCCAACUAUCCAGCUCCUGCCCGUCCAUCAUUACCACCCGCUCCACCAGUAGCUGGCCUCUCUCCACCUACAUAUCCUGGACAGCCUCCUCCACCUGGUUCCUCACCACUUCGCCAUGCCCCAUAUCCCCCACCACAACCUCCUCCUCCUGGUGUGGGACAGAUUGCUCACCCAAUUCCUCCAUUAGGAUAUCAACCCACAGAAAAACCUUAUGGACAAGAUAGCAGAACAACUGCCGACCAAAUGGAUACUUUUGCUAGACAGCUGUUAGAACAUAGGUCUCAGUACAGGAGAAAAAGGUCAUUGUCUAGGUCACGCUCAAGGUCUUCCCGCUCUCGAAGUAGCUCCAGAUCUUGGUCAAAGUCUCGCUCAAGAUCACGGUCCAUUUCAUCACGCUCAAGACAUAGAUCUCGGACACACUCAUUCAGCAGCCGAUCAAGAAGUAGAUCUUAUAGUCGCUCUAGGUCCAGCACUCCUAGAUCCAGGUCUAGGUCAUCAUACUCUAGGUCUCCAAAACAUAGAUCAAGAAGUCCUAGUUAUCAUUCUCGGUCUCGAUCUAGAUCCAGAAACAGAGGACAUAGAUCUCCUCGACAUUACACUCGUGCACCUUCUCGUUCACCUAGACAUUCUAAUUUUCCCAGAAGACGAUCACCUUACCACAGAAGACAAGACUACUCCAACUCAGGUUAUUAUGGUGGUCAGUAUCGUCAGUAUCCACCACCCCCUCCCCCUCCACACCCAACUCCUCCUGGUCAGCCCUUAAAUCCUUUUGAACAGUAUUCUGUUGACAGACCUCACUAUUAUCAUGAGCCUUAUGGGUAUGAAAAUUUUCCUGGCUCAUAUAAUGCCCCUGUGUUUGAGCAUCCAGAUGUUCGUUACAAUCCUAGGUUUGGUCAACCAAUACCACGGCUUGAACAACAUUUCCAUCAUCGAGGAUGGCCUCAGGACAGUGAUCGUAUCAGAGGACCACAUCGACUACGUGGCAGACAGAUUCAGGUUGUGUCUAAGCCAGUCAGCCUUCCAGUGCAUAUACCUAAGCAGCAAGAACAGAAAGUUAAAGAACCAGAAAGAAAUGUUAAACAGGAAGAAGAUGAAAAGGCUAAACAUAAAAGACAUCAUCAUCACAGUAAGGAGCGAAAAAGACAGUCUGCAGAAAAAAUAAAACAAUCUGAUAGCCAAACCAAUGUAAUUGUAAAAUCAGAAACAGAAAAAUCUCAAGUAACUAAAAAAUCUGGCCCUGAAAAAAAUAGUCAAGAUGCACCGGAGCCUGCAUUAAAAGAGAAAAAACACAAGCACAAGAAAACCAAAGAAGGUGAAGCACAUUCCAAGAAAAAGUCCAAAAAAGCACCCAGUGAAAAUAAUCCUGUAACUGGAAGUGAAUCUGAGCGACCUUUGAAGUCUAAGAAGAAAAAGACAAAAUCCAAGUCUAAACAAUUGCCAGUAGAAGUAACUGCAGUAACUGGUGCUGAAGUCUUAGAGCCCAGUGAAGCAAUAGAAGCUACUGCUCAGGAAGCAGACUCUACCACAAGUGAGCAGACUACUAGUCAUUCAACCUCAAAAACUUUCAAAGUUACAGCUGUUGUCCCUGAAGAAACGGCAACUGAAGAAACAGAGGAACCUAAAAUGGAAGGUGAUGAAAUUGCAGAAACUGAAACAACUUGUGUAGAUGCUGAUGUGGGAAACAAUAUGAAUCAAGAGAAUUUUCCAGUGGUGGAAAAGCCAGAACCUCAGGAUGAUGUAGUAGAUGAAGAAGAACCCUAUGAAGAACUGGAACCUAGUCUUCAGGUUGAAUUACCUGAAAUAUCCAAGUGGGAGCGUGAAGAUGUAGAAGAUGAAGAAGAUAGAGCAUCACAAGGACAAGAAAAGGUUCAUUCACAAGAGAAAAAAAAUGCUCUUCCAUCAGAUGUUAUUCAGAGAGCAGAAAAGGUAAUUCUCCACAAACCCCGAAAAGCACCACUUUUCAGUGUGCAUUCUUCAAAAUUGGUAACAGAUGCCAAAAAAGAACCUGAGAAAGAACUUCAUUCUAAAUUACCAAGGAAAGAACAGGAAUAUUCUCGACCAAGAGCAGAAAAGGUAGCUUCUCAGCAAGAUAGAGAUAACAGGAGCAGGUUUACAGAUAGUAACAGAAAUUCUACAAGAAAAGUAAGAUUGGACAGGUCCAGAUUCUCAAAAGAUGUCAGUUCAGAUUCUGAAGGAUACAAGAAACAAAAAAUGGAUAAACAACAAGAACAAAAGUUGGAGAAGUUAAGAUCAGACAAUAUUAGAAGCAGAGAUACAAGAAUUGAAAGGGAACACCAAUCCAGGAGAGACACACCUGACCGUCCUAGAAGGGGAGUCUCUAGAGAAGAUGAAAUGAUCAGGGGAAGCCAUAACAAGGAAAGGAACAGAAAUCUUUCUGGUGGUUCAGAGUCCAAACAUGACCGUGAAUCAAGACAAGAUGACAGAAGUUUUGUGUAUCGUCGAGAUAGGGGAGAAAUAGAAAGACAUGAGAAAAGACACUAUAAUAGUCAUGAAGAAGAUAGAGGAAAGGUUGUAAGCAGAAAUGAAGAAGGAAGACAUGGAAGGAAUCUGACCUCAGAUCAGACUGAAUAUAAACGAGAGAAAAAAGAUCAUGAACAACAUUCAUCUAGGAGUGGAGAGAAAACUCAUUCUAAGAGAAUAGAGAUAUCUCUCACUGAAGGAAGGAGGGAGAAGUCUCAGCAUGGAAGAACACAUAGCCAAAGUCCCAACACUGGAGGGUCAAUAAAGAAAAGAGAUGACAAAAUAGAAACAGAAAGUAAUAGAAAGGGCAUUGACACAGACACCAUGCUAAAGUCCAGGAGUGAGUCUAGAAAGAAUGAAAAACCAAAACAUUUAGAAGAAAAUAGAAAAGAUACUAGUUUUGUAGGCAGUAUUGUAAACAAAGAAGCAGCUGGACAAAAGAGCUCGGACACUCAAGACUUACAGAGCAGUAACCAGCAAGACAACUCAUGCAAAUUUUUAUUAUCAACUCAAACCAGUCAUAGAGAUCCCACUCAAGAUGAAUCCCAUUUUGAACCAAACUAUGAUGAAACAAGUGACUCGGAACCAUCUGGUCCAGAGCCAAACACACCUACAAGAACUCCUGAAAAUCGUCGUAAACAUACCAUUCCAUCAGACGAAACAAGUCCAUCAAAGCGCCCAAAAAAAGAGAAGGAAGAAGUUGAACGAGCCUUAAGUCUAGAUGCAGAAAAAAAUGAAGCUUUUGGAAGGAAACGAGAGCAAACCAGCAGUCCUAGCGGCAGUGAUUCAUCAGAUACAACAAGUGGGAGAAAGCAUACAAGAAGUGGAAGUAUUGAUUCAGAUCAAAGAGCUAAGCAUAAGAAAUCGAAACAUAAAAAACACAAAAAGCAUAAAAAACAUAAAAAGAAAAAGGGUCAUAAAAUUAAAGAGAAAGAAAGUCGUUCUGAGAAGGAGUAUAAGCUACAAUCAUCAGUGUAUAAGAAGUAGUAAAAUCUUUUGUUACAUUUAUAAAGCUUCUUUCCAGAAGAUUCAUUCUCUGUGGUAAGUUAUGAGAUUUUUCAGCUGGUAGUAAAUCCUGAACUAAACAUUUUGGUUUUGCAUGUGUUGAGUUACAGUUGUUGGAAAUGAAAACAUUUAUAAAUUUUUAACAGAUAAUACAGAGAGCAUAAUGCUCUUACAUGUUAAAACAAAAUCAAGUAUGUUUAAAGAUGUAUUAGAUUUAAUAUACACACGUCAUACAUUUCUUACUGUUACGGUUUGAUAAGGAUACUUGUUGCUGUUUUUAGACUAAGUUGUCAUUGACUUAGUCAAAAACAAGUUUAGUGUGAAGAACAUGAAUUAACUGUACUUAGAUUUUUUUCUACCUUUAUUAUGAAUUGCUGUGUUCUACAAAAGUUAAGUAGUGUAAGAAAAGUUCUUGAGAUUGACAGGAAUUUUUGUAAAGUAAUGAAUGAUUCAGUAGUAUUCUUUUGUACAUUUUGUUUGGAAAAAUGUCAUGAAACAUAAAUGUAGUAAUUAAAACUGUAUAAUAUUGUAAAUAAAAUAAAACUGAAACAAAAACACAUUGCUGACAGUUUUUUUUCUUAGCAUAAGGUUUGCUAACACUUUUUUUGGUUUUUGUAGAUGAAAUAGUUGUUAUACUUUAACAUUCAGUUCUGCAAAGGGUCGAGUGUGUUACAUCACAACAAUUCUGAAUAUGCAUAUCAUCAAAUCAUGUAGCUGAUAGAGUUGUGAAUGGUAUGUGACAGCCCUUUCUAACACAAAGUAUUCAUACACUCCGAUCAUAAAAUAUUUAUUCAGGCUGGAGAUUUAAAAUUUUCCAAGAUAGGAUAUACCUUGAACAUAAUGGAAUUGGAAAAGAAGAAAUAUGGAUCAACUUGGGGUAUUGGGGCCACGCAGAAAAAUACCCCUAUAAAAAGUGUUAUCCUUAUUAAGCCAAGUGUGGUGUCUUUUAACAAGUGAGAAUCCAUAUGUCUCAGGACAACAUAUGUGAUGUUAUCAAGGAGGAUCUACAUCUGGAAAGCAACAUAAGAUGUGUACACAAGUUUUUUCCAUAGCAUAUCCAUUCAACUGUCACAUAUCUGAAGCAGCUGGAGAAUGAAAUGCAUAUUCAUACUAUUUCUAGCCAGAUACAGCAUCUAUAGAUUUCUAUAUGAUCAGACUGUGAAAACGAUCACUGGAAACCAUUGUCCCUUUGCACUAAAAGGUUUAGGGAAACCAGAUAGAGAGGAAUAGUGAACUGUGGUCAUGGCAGCCUUAUGCACUUAAGUUACUCAACAGGGCUGUUGUCACAGAGCUUGGUUAGAAAUGGCAACAUGAACUGUAAUAAUGCAGUGAGAAUUUUGUGUUAUACCUUCUAACCUAUAAUUAUGGCAGGAUAAUUAAACUUCAGUAACUUUUGAUUGUAUUUCUGAUUAAUUUUAUUAUUUUUUCCCUGAUAAAGUACAUUUCAUUUUUCUUCCCCAUAAUCUCUGACUAUACCAAUGUUCCACAGUCCAGACUUUUAUGCCUUUUCUAACUGAAGAGUAUGGUAUAAAAACUGGUGACAAUCAUCUCUCACCAACUUAGAUGUUUGUACAGUCUUAAUGUAUAGCUUAAACUUUUGUAGGAUUAUAGUAUAUACAUGCUGGCAUUUUGUGUAAUUAAUUCUGAAACAAGAUAAUUUCAUAACAAUACGUUACCACUAAGAUCUAUAAUAAUUUCAUGCAUCAAGUUAGAUCAUAUUAUCAAAUAAACAACAGUUUUAAAAAUAGUGCUUGUUUGAUGCUGCUGAUUAUACAUAUGUAGUGUCUCACCUGCUAUGUUUAUGUGGACUGGGUACAGCAUAUCUACAUACUAUUUUAUUAACAAAUUAAUUUUCAUAAUGUUUAACUGUUACUGAAAUCUUAUUUGGAACAUCAAGGUGUAUUUUACACUCCUGUCAUUCAUUAUGAGAUGAGAAAAUUUUGAUAGGUUGAUUUUAAAACUCUUGGUACUUGUUAGUCUCUCAGCUAGUAAAAUCAACAAGCUGUUACGACUUAUGAGGGACCAUAGUUUUUCUUAUUGACAUUAUUAGGUUAUGAACUGAACAAUGUGUCAUAGUAUUUCAUUCCUUUAAAAUUUGACAGUCUAUUAUAACAAGUUGUAUCGAAAAAGAACCAUUUCAUCAUAAUGAGUUAAUCUAGGUAAUAAUAGUCCUGACAUAAUUAUAUGAAGUGGCUGGGCAAAAAACUUGUAGACAACUAAUCUGAUUAACUUUGUUUAAUGCUUUUAACAGAAAGAUGAAACAAUCUGACCAAAGGAGGAAAUUCGUAUUGAAAAAAAUGAAUUUUCAGCCAAUGAGAUGAUGUGUACUAUAAAUUGUAAAAUAUGCUUAAUAAAGCUUCAAACACCUUUGAAGGCAAGUAACA